AUGGCAACUGCUUUGGCGUAAUAUCUUGAUGACAUAUCCUCGUUCUCUGCAUGGAGGUCCGAAUGGAGGUGGACGUGAACGUUAUUUCCCCCCCACCCUGUCGCUGUAACUUCACACAUCGCCGGACCUGGGAUGGAGAUGUCUUACCCGAGUUAGGCCACCUUGGCCACCUUGGCUCCCUUGGCUCCCGUGGCCCAUUUUUUUUGGUUUGACGCUAGGCACUAGCGGGACUAGGUCCCUCUCGGACCCUUCUUACGUGAAUUCGGGCUUUGCCUUCCCGCUGUGGAGCUUCUCUUGCAGAGACUGUCCAAAGGGCAUUGAUUUUAGCAGCGCUGUGCAUUGUGAUAUUUGCGAGCAGAAAAAAAACACAGUUCAUGCAAUUCAUUGCUUUGCAUUUGUUUUAAGAGUUUCAGCAUGUUUCAGCACACAAGCUACUUGUUGCAUCUUGUUGCGAAGAUGUCACUUUGCUUUUACUGCUUCAGUCAAGUUGCAUGCUGCACGGAUCUCUUCGAAUGCCUGAGCACCUGAACUCUGAAUGUCAAGAAUGACACUGUCAGGUGCUUCAUGGUGCUUAACGGGCUUAACAGUCUUAACAUCCGUGUCAUUUUCUGCUUGUACCAGUUCGACGAAGGAGUUUUCUUCUUUUUUGAAACCAAAACUGCCAUCAUUUGAACAUGGCUGGGAACGCAGCUGCAGCAGCUUUACUCAAGGAAGAUGCUCCUGAUCUGUACCUGCCAACGCCUGCAACGAAUUCAGCAGCCUUCGAGCGUCCUUUUCAAGGUGGCCAGAAGAAUUCGCUUGACGCGACAGCACAAAGACCUGUUCGGGAAGGGACGGAAAUCCGACAAAGAAGCUGCUGUCGCCUUGUCAAGGGAGUUGCGGUUUUGAUGAUGCCGGCACUGCUGAUCUGGAACGUCUAUGAUCUAGGGAUGAGAUUGCGAGGCAAAAAGCGAGACUUUGAUAUCAAGCAAAGCUAUGCCCGCAGGCAUGAAAUCGAACGUGAGCUACGUGUCAAAGUGCCAAGCUUGUCUGACUUUGACAUUGGAAAGAUUUCUGCUGCCAUUGACAAGCACGAGAACUUUGACAGGCCAUCAAGCCUGCGGGUGAGUGUUGGUCUCUUGGAUUCGAAGCUGACGCUACAGUCGUUCCAGCAAGGUGGCAGCAAAAAAGUGGUGCAAAACUACCCAAGGACAAAGGCUUUGGAAAAGGCUCUCAAGGAUAUCAUUCAUGAACAGCAGGAGACUUUGUUUCCAGUCAGGAAAGAGAUCAAUGCUGCGUACAGGAAGUUUUUCAUUGGUUUUCCAAGCAUCAAUGGCAGGCCGUGUGCCAUCCCAGCGUUGAACACGGAGUUGGAUUCGACAAAUUCAACUGAAUUGCAAAAGCAACUGUUAGAGGACUUUCGACUACGAUUUAUUGGGUUUGAACAGUAUUUGAGGAAGAGAAAGCGAGAUGUGCAGCAGGUGCUGAGAAAAGAAUGGAUGCCAAUGGAACUGCGACGCGCUUUUCUCGCUUUCGACCUGUUGUGCAUGAAGAGUGAAUGGUUGUCGCCAUGGUACAGGCUUCCGAGUUCUCAUGAUGGGCGGAAUCGGGCAGGUGCCUGGCUUCGACGAGACCCAGGACUCAGGUCUCCAGCUGUACGAAUUGGCGAAGCAGAGCAGCCUUUGUCUCUUCGCUUUCAGAGAGCAUUGCCAUGGCGAUUGAGGCAACUGCUGCCACAGACUUCAGCCUCGGAGCCACAGUGAAACCGACAAAAGACAGAACAAGUUCGAAGGAGAAAGUUAUCUCGCAGCCGAAAAAGCAACAAGAUGUGUGUGCGUGUGUGCUAGGGAUGAUCU